GCCGGCUGUCACGUGUUCCCACUGUCCUUGGCAGGCGUGCGUUCUCUGAUCAACAUGUCUGCUCUCCUCGCAUGUUCCAGGCUUCUCCUAAGGCAGGGUCUUCGUUCUUUGCCAGCUCCUUGCAACGUGCGACUUCUCCCAGGUCCUGCUAGAUACCUAAGCAAUCCACCAAGGUUUUUUGCAAUUGCUACACAACAGAAAGGAAGACUCGGCGAUGAACCAGCAUCUGCACUUCGAGCUAAACAAGCACAGCAGUUUGAUUGGGCUCUUAAUAAACUGGAUACCUCCGUUAGAAGAACUGGCCGUAUAACAAAAACACUUUUGUUGAAAAUUUUUCAUGAUAUCUGCAGAACAGGUUACCCUAGCAAUAAUCAGGCCUUGCUAUUGCUGCGCAGCUGCGGCUCUUUGCUGCCAGAACUGCAACCUUCAGAAAGGACGGAUAUUGGGCACAGAAUCUGGGACAAACUGCAAGAGCUUGGUGCCGUGUAUGAUGUGAGCCACUACAACGCUUUGUUGAAAGUCUAUCUUCAAAAUGAACACAAAUUCUCCCCGACCGAAUUUCUUGCCAAAAUGGAAGCAGCGAAUAUACAACCUAAUCGGGUGACAUACCAAAGAUUGAUUGCGGCUUACUGCAAUGAUGGUGAUAUAGAGGGUUCAAGCAAAAUAUUAGGUUUUAUGAAGAACAAAGAUCUCCCUAUCACAGAAGCUGUGUUUAACACCCUGGUUACUGGACAUGCGAGAGCUGGAGAUAUUGAGAAUGCAAAAAACAUCCUUUCUGUCAUGCAAAAUGCAGGGAUAGAGCCUGGACCAGACACUUAUGUUUCACUGUUAACUGCAUAUGCUGAAAAAGGAGAUAUUGAAAGCAUCAAGCAGACACUAGAAAGUGUGGAGAAGGGUGAAGGAAGUCUUACAGACCGCGAUUUGAUGCAAGUUGUUUGGAGCCUUGCAAAGGCAGGAUACCCUCAAUAUGUACAGGACAUAGUGGAACACAUGAGAUAUGACAGAGGAUACAUACCAGAUGCAAUGAACCUGUGCUUGAGCUUGCUGACACAAGGUUUUGAAGAUACAUCUUUCCAAAUUUUAAAAUCCUUUUCUGCUGCUGGCUCAGAAAGCCAAAAUGGAGACGUGUAUCAGCAUGGGAACUUCUUCUUGCGCCACUGUGUAACUUUAGAAAAGCCUGCAAGCAAGGUGAAGCACUUUUGUGAUAGCUUAAAAGAGGCCAAUUUACAUUCCUCGCCCCUUCAGUUUGCUGUAUACUGUGCCCUGGAUGCCAAAAAAACAGAUCUGGCUCUGGACUUGAUAAAGAUGAUGAAGCUGGAAGGCUUGCCUGUUAGGCCUCACUAUUGUUGGCCUCUUCUAGCCACUUUCCAGAAGGAGAAGAACAUCGAAGGUACUAUCAAAGUAUUGAAAGCCCUGCAUGAUCUAGGUGUGGAAGCUGAUAUGGAGACGUACACUAGUUAUGUACUAAAUGUGUUUGAUGACCCAAAGUCUGCUCGGACUGUGUUGCAGGAAAGUGGCUGCCCAUUUAAUGCCAACUGGUUUCUUUUGUCAGAACUCCGUAAUGAAGCAUCACAAGGAAAUCUUGAAAAUGUGUACUCUCUAUUAUCGUCUGCAGAUACUUCCCCUGUCGAUUUGACUAAUUUUAGAGGUAGUCUCAUUUCUGGGUUUAAGAGGUCAAAUGAUGUGGAACUCAUGGCCAAGAUAACAGAGCUCUUGUACAAGGAUGGUCGCUACUGCCAAGCAUCUUCAGGACCAACUGCAGAAGCUGUUGGCUAUUUUCUUUAUAACUUGAUUGACAACAUGAGUGACUCAGAGGUACAGGCCAAGGAGGAGCGUUUGAGACAAUACUUCCAUCAGUUGAAGAAGAUGAACAUAUUCAUCUCUGCAAACAUAUACAGAGGCAUCCGUAACCUUCUGGAUUCCUCUCAUGUUCCUGAAUUGAUUAAGGAUGUAAUUAUUUUGGUGGAUCCAGUCGAAAGGUUAUCAGCUUCAGAUUUGUCUAAGACCGGGGAAUAUAAAGUUGCAUCUUUAGAGGAGGAACUAGAAAAUCUGAGAAAUUCAAACCAGUCUAUUGGGGAUACUCUAAAGCAGCUUAUAAUUGUACUUUGUGGAGAUGAGAACAUGCAAAAGGCUCUAGAAGUGAAGGCUAAAUACGAGGAGGAUUUGAGUGUUGGAGCUUAUGCAGCGUUAAUUAAUUUAUGCUGCCGUCAUGAUAAUGUAGAUGAGGCGUUAAACCUGAAGCAAGAGUUGAAUCGCAAAGAUUCAUCUCUUGUUCUUGACACAAACAAGUACUUUGCACUGUUGAAGGUCUUGGCAAAGAAUGGCCGGAUUGCAGAUGCUAUUAACAUUCUAAAGGAGAUGAAAGAGAAGGAUGUUCCUAUGAAAGAUACAGCAACUACAUCCUUCUUCCAUAUCCUCAAUACAGCAGCCAUGAGAGCUGAAACAGAGACUGUUAAUCAACUGCUGGAAAGCAUAGUAACAUUGGGUUUGGCCAAACCUACAUCUAACUUGUGCUCACCACUGAUAAGUGUACACCUGGAAAAAGACGACAUUGCAAGUGCCCUAGACACCCUGCUCAGCUGCAGCAAAAAAUACAAUUGCAUGCCUCGGUUACAUGACAUACUUUGUCGGCUGGUAGAAAAAGGAGAUACAGAGUUGCUUCAGAAAGAAGCAUAUGAUACAUUUUUAGAUGCUGAAAAAUCCAAGACUGUUUUGCACUCUUCUGCAUAUUCAAGUCUUUUAAAAGUACUACUUGCUGAAGGUUUACUUGAAGAGGCACUCAAAGUAAAAAACACUGCCGAGACCCACAUCAAGGGCUUCACACUGAACGAUGCUGCCAACAGCCUCCUCAUCAUAACGCACGUUAGGCGGGAUUAUUUGAAAGAUGCUUUAGCCUCUCUGAAAGCAAUGCUUGAAGGUGACAAGGUGCCCACUCAGCUGGCAGUCACUCGUCUUGUCCAAGCAUUAGCCAUGAAGGGGGAUGUGGAGGGCAUUGAAACAGUCAAAAACAUGAUGAAAAACAUUGGCCAUUCCAUUCGUUUAUCACAGAUGCUUUUUAUCAAUAACAAAGUUUUGGCUCAUCUGAAAAACGGUAAUGUGGAUGAAGCCAUAGAGUUUGUUGAGCCAUUGUACAACUCAGCCGAUCAAACUUCACAAAUCACAAGUAUGGCAUAUGUGUUCAAAAAGGUGAUUGAUGAAAACAUGGAAACAGCACUAGAUAAAUUUACAGAGAUGUAGUGCUGUUGCAGAGCAAACGCAGACCCUAGUGUCUUUUAUAACAAGAUCCGCACAAGUUCCCUGCAAGCCAGAAGCAAUCACCAGUAUACUUGAAAUUAUCCCAGAUUUUCCUGAAAAAGAAACUGCUUAUUCCUACUUAAUGAAAUGUUACGGAUUAAACAAAGAUGUGGAUGCAGCAAGUGCUUUGUAUGAGAAAAUGAAAGCCGAAAAAAUGAAUCCAGAUGAGCUGUUCUUGAAACGUUUGGCAGUUCUUCUAAAAGACAGCGGAAAGCCAGUCCCUUUUACAGAGCCUCCUGAAUCGUUCAAAUUCUAUGCAGACAAACUGAAGCGAGAGAAGCAAGACUCCGAUGAUGAACACUAGUGAAUUUAGAAUCAACAACUGUUCUCUUUUUUUGUUUUGUAUUUUUAUUGUUUUGUUUUGUAUUUUUAUUUUUAAUCCUGUAUUUUGUUGCUUAAAGAAAUACAUUUUGUGAGAGCUCUAAACUGCAAAUUAUAUUUAAUGUGGGGGUAUUACAAUUGUGUAUAUAUUUAAAUAUACUGUUUCUUGUAUACAUAUUUCACUCUCUCCUUAUAUGUUAAUUAAUUUUUCUUAUAAAAUAUAUUGUAUGACAUCACCACAGCAAAUGUGGUCUUUGAUGUCUUACAAAUACUUCCCAUAAUGCAUUUAGGAAUAGUUGUUUUUGCAUUCUAGACUUCUGAAUUACUCUUAUCCCCUAAAUUUGCUUUAACUUUUUGAAUGUAUUUGUAGCAUCAAAUGAAAUUUAAUUUUUUUUUUUUUUUAAGACAUUUAAGUGACUAAACACCUCACCAAGACUUACUUUUCCAUUGGUAAUAAGAAGACUUGUUUAAGAUUUAACAAACCAAUACAUUUGUAGUUAAAAAGACAUACAAUUCAACAGUAAAAUACUUUGAGUUUCAACGCUUUAAUAUUGGGCGGCUAUGUUUGUCUCCAUGUUUAACCUCUGCAGUUUACUACUGCUCCUGAUUCUUUCACUGGCCAUGUCCAGUUCAGGUGCGGCAACGCAGUAGUAAAAUCUUCUAGCAUAUCAUAACAUUUUACUCUUUGACUUUUAUACACCUUUAAUUAUAAAACAAGUUUUCCCAUCUUUUUCCUUUUUAUGAAUGUCUCCUAGACUUAUUGUACAGCUGUCUCGCCUUAUUUACUGUAUAAAAGUUCAUUAUGUUUACAAAUUGCUGAAAUCAGUCCGUUUGUAUCAUGCACACAAAUUAAGAAUUCUCUUUACACAAUGCCCUUCCCAUAAAUAUUUAAUUUGUCUUUCUUUUCUUUUUUUUUAACUUGUCAUUUGCUGUUUAAUAAAAAAAUAUAUAAAUUAGACUAUUAAA